AUGGCCUCAGAUGGUUAUUCUGAGAGAAAUUCGCAGAAGCCACGGCGUUUUAAAGCCAGCCUACCAGCUUCUCCUCGGAGUCCUGCUUUGGUGGUUGUUCGGAGAAUAAAUGAGGUUGCCGAGGACGACACGGCCCUGCGCUGUGUGGUCACAGCCGCUGGACAGCACGUCCUCGGCCCCGCGUCCUCCCCGGAGAGCCCCGGCCCCGCCGUCCUCGGGGUGGCGGUCUCCAGCUGCUACGAGGGCUCCUGGGACGUCCAGCAUCCCGCUGGGGAAGAAGGAGGCUUUGGGAGCCGGGCCCGGGCCCCCGCCCCCUCCACCGUGAGCGACGAGGCGAGCAGCCGUUCUCCACCGCGGAUGACAAGGAGGGAACGGCCACGCUACACGUUUGAGUUUGCUUUUGACUUCAUCCUGUUCAGUGUUUCUUCCUACUGCGAAAAUGCAGAACUCCCGUCCCCGCGCGGCAGGGAGAAGCCCGCGUCUCUCCCUCUGCAGGAAGCGGGGGGACAUGCCGGCCGCCAACUGCUCGCGGCACAGCGACGCGGUGAGGGGACCGUGGCCGUGCUGCUGGCGCUGGAGCGCGGGCUGGGCCCGCUGGGCAACGUGGUGGCCCUGUGGCCCUUCGCGUUCCGCCUCAAGGCGUGCCAGCCCGACGCCGUGUACCUGCUCAACCUGGUGGCCGCCGACCUCCUGCUCGCCGUCCGCCUGCCCUUCCACGCCGCCUUCUCCCUGCGCCACAAGACGUGGCCCCUGGGACACGCGUCCUGCCGCGGCCUCCUGUCCCUGCAGGUGCUGAGCCGCGGGGCGGGCGUCGCCUUCCUCACGGCCGUGGCCGUGGACCGCUACUUCCGAGUGGUCCACCCCCGGCUCAGGGUCAACCUGCUGUCCCCGCGGGCGGCCUGGGGGGUCUCGGGCUGCGUCUGGCCUCUGCUGCUCGGCCUCAGCCACCGGAGCCUGCUCGUGUCGGAGGCCGAGCUCCCCGGCCUGGAGCCCCGGGGGCAGCUCUCCCUCAGCGCCCUCUGGCAGGAAGCCCUGUUCUCGGCGCAGUUCGUCCUCCUUGGCCUCAUCCUGUUCUGCAACGCCAGGAUCGUCAGGACCCUCCGGGGGCGACUCCCAGACCCGGACCGGCAGCCCCAGCUGCAGAGGGCCCGGGCGCUGGUGACCGUGGUCGUCGUCCUCUUCGCGGCCUGCUUCCUGCCCAGCUUCCUGGCCCGGGUCCCGGUGGCCGUCUCCCGAGGGGCGGGCGGCUGCAGGGUCCUGGGAGCGACGGUGCACGUGCCCGACGUGAGCAACGGCCUCACGUACCUGCAGAGCAUGCUGAACCCAGCGGGGCACUGCUCCUCCGACCCCGCGUUCAGACGCUCCUACCGCAGGGUCUUCAACACCCUCAGAGGCCGAGGGAGGGAGGGCGAGGCCCCGGGCGACAUCAACGACUCCUACUGCUGAGGCCGGCCGGCCACCCGCCCCCGCGGGCUGAGCCGUGACGACCGGCUCCUGGGGCUCCGGAGCGAGGAGAUGCCCGGGCUGCGCUACAAAGGUGGGGACCCCGACUCCGGCGCACCCGCAGCGAACGUCUCCUAUCCGCGGCCUACCGUGUUUCCCGCGGCUAUUGUGCGCGAUCGGACCUCGGAUCGGCGAGCCAGAGGCUCUUUGCGCCCACGACGACGCAGACGGCACGGCCGGCCUGGAAACACACAGCCGCGGGCGGCCCCCGCCGGGGGAAGCCGCCCUCGUGGGUUCCCGCGCUGCCCGCUCUCGGUGAGUCGCCUGCUGUCUGUCUGCUUCAGCCCCCGAACGCACCGAGUCUGCUUUCUUCCCACUUGCACGGACUCGUAACGGACUCGGGAAAGUGGGGACGUGGGGCUGCUCGGCCAGGCUCUGGGCGUGCACCUUCCCGUGCUCUGUGCUGGGCCCUGCCUGGCGCGGAAGGUUCUCCAUUUCAUAAAAUUCUGCCUCGUCUGCGCAGACGGUGCCUCAUGUCCAAGAUCACGCGGCUCCCUAGUUUAUCCUAAGAAACGCGUUCCUACUAAGCGAGUCGAAAUUGCCUCUGGAACUUUCUUCUCAAGUCGGAAUGUCUACAUGCUUGUGAAAUUCACUUUGCUUCCCUGCUCUGGGAAGUCACUGUACGUAAUGCCUCGUGGGAGAAACGCACAGGGGGAGACCCCAAACCGCGGUCCCCACCCGACGCUGGGGGGUGGAGGGGGGGCCACCCCAGCCCAGCCCUGGUGCUCCUGCAACAGCUGCAUCGUCCCAUGUCAUACUUCUAAAUUAUGUCCCAAGCCUGGAGCUCAUGAUGGUGACAACCUCCUCCCUAACUGCCUUGUCUCUCACUCUCUGUCCAAAGCUGGUAGUGUGGUCCCCAAAACAGACCCCCCAGGAUGCUUAGACACAGGAUCGGCUUCGCAACCAGGCCCACACCUGUCACCCUGCCUGGAGCCGCACCUGCAUUGCCCACGCAGACAGAUGGCCCACGCUUCUCCCCGGGCCACCCCAUGGCCUCUGUCAUACUUAAGGUGGACAUGGGUGACAUCAGGCAGUAGAAAAUGGCAGAUCGUCCCGGGUCUGUCCUACCAGGGAGGCUCCUUCUCGGAACCGAAUUUAACAUGUGAGUGUGUUCGUCUCACCGUGCCCAGCUCGUGACGUAUGUCGAGACCUGCUUCACAGAGUCCCCGGGGGGUCACCGUCUCUCAGCGAUGCUCCCUACUUUCGUGGGUUUUGUGUCCUCCCCGGGGAGGGGAUUUCAGGGGCCUGGAACGCAAGUGUGACCCGCUGUGCCCGGCUUCCUGCGCGGACAGUCCUACGUGCUGCUUUUUAAAAAUCUAACACUUACCGUAAACAUUUCCCGCGUCGUGAUAAGCUCUCCCCGGGCAGUUCGUUACUCGAUUACGCAAUAAUCCGACCAGAUGUCUCUUCACCACGUCCCUGAGCCUGGACGCGAUGAUCUGCAGUCCUGUCACAGCCAGACUGGGCGUCCUUUAGGGACACAGCUUUUCACCUGUGCGCCCUCAACACAGAGCCCGGAGCGGGAUGGCCGGUCUUGACCUGGACACCUCCAGCAACAUUCUGCCAGAUCCAAGGGGAUAACUUCUCGGUACGCUGGAAGGUUCCGGAUCCUGCCAACACCCACCUCUGGGGAUGUUUCUCUGGCCUCCUGUCCUGUCACUCCCAUCACAGAAGCCUCACAGGAGCUCUGCCCUCAGACGGUUGUCUCCUCCAAAGACAUCCGAGGAGGAGCUGUCCCGUUCCAAACUCUCUUCUCUGGGUGAGGAAACGGGUCAGAGGGAACCGUGGGCAGGCAGAAGAUGACGGGCCUCAGAACCACAACCACUUCGAUGCCGGCCGCAAGUCUUACUUUCUUUUCUCUUUGACUCGCUUCUUCUAACAGAGCAGGUGCACAGUCCCAUCUGUGAGUCUUGCAAAUCUCAGCAUUGUCUGAACUGUGGAAGGACAGACGGGAGCCCGAAUUUCAACUUGAGCGAUGAGUCUCUUUCCCCAGGCAGAUGAUGCUAUCAGUGUUUUUAAAGUCAGCAAGUGUUGUCUUGUCUUUUUCCAAAAUCCAGUCAGCCACUGACUCCUCCCCGGCUACAUAGACGUCCUCCGGGUGCUGGGCCUCCUUCACGGAACGUUCUGAUCUCUGUCCUCUAACUUCCUGCCUGCCUUUCCUGGUCUGACCCCUGAGACCUGCCUCUUCACAGAGCCCCCAACAACACGACACCUGCACCCCAACACAUUCCCCACACCCCACAGGCCACCCUCCGGUGCUCACGCCCGCCUUCCCCUCUGCGUCACCUCCCUGAAGCUUGGGAAAUGCCCACCUAUCUUUGUGUCCCCGGCACUGUGCGCAAGGCCUGGCACACGGUGCCCUUGUGGAGUCAAUAACAAAUCGAUGAACGAAUUAACCUGAUUUAAACUUUAUCACGGGCUACAAAAAGUGAUUUUUUUAAUACAGUUUGAAAUUCUCAGGCAAGGAUCCCAAGGCAAACUUACAAUGUAUCUUCCUGAAUCUUCUAGGAAGACACUAAUACAAAUGAAAAUAUGACGAUUUUUCAUAUUUUUUGGAGAAAGAUUUUCCUCUCUAUUUUCGUGGUCACUUCUGCCAACAGCCAAGUCAAUAAUUUUGAUUUGCUGAGGGGUCAGGAGAAUGAACCGACCGCCUUUCUGCCCGUGGGCUGGGUCGGGGGCUGAGAGGUGCGUCAGUGGCUCUCAGAGGCUUCUGGAACAUUUCAGUGCUCGUGGAGUGCUCACGGAAUCCCCAAACAACGACCUCCUUGAAAUGUCUCCUUUGAAAUUGUGGUGAAAUGUACAUCACAGAAAAUGUAGCAUCUUAACCAUUUUUAGCACAUAGCCCAGUGGCGGUGAGACAAUCCCACUGCUGCGCUUGCGCCCACCAUCCGUCUCCAGAACUUUCCAUCUUCCCAGACUGAACUCUGCCCCCAUCAGACAGCAGUCCCCACUCCCCCGCCCCUGGCGCCCACCCGCCUCCUAGGAAUCCGCUCUCUAGGAAUGGUGCCACCGUAGAGACCUCGUGUGAGUGGACUUGAAUGGCGUUCGUGGUUUUGUGUCUGGCCUGUUGACCUGGCACGAUGCGUUCCUAGAUGACCUCUCUUUGGCCUUUCACUGCUUACUUAUAUCUUGAUUUUCCUCCUAUCUGGUGGCGUCCCAGUAACUGGUCCUCUGGGAGAAAAGCAGGUUUGCUAGCCCCCCGUGGCCAGCUCGCCGAUUCCAGAAUGUUCCACAGCUGAGUCGCCAGCACAGCACUGCUGUACCCCCCUUCUGUUCCUUUGCGAGCUGGCAUCAGUCCCCGAAAACCCCGCGGGUCUACCCUCCCCCGCUGUCACCGUGCAGACAGGGAGACGGACAGAAGCGAGAUGCACGGACGAAGACCGCCCACGGAGACGCCCACAGAGAAAUUCAAGAAUACUACAAAGGCAGAGCUGGGGAAGGGAAGCCUCCCGUGUCCCGGGCCAGUGUCACCCUGUCCCCCCCGCCUGUUGUCAGCAGAGCUUUGUGUAUGUCCCGUGGAAACUUCUGGAAACGUCCUGCAGUGGAAGCUCUUCAUAAAGGCUUCUGAGACGCCUUUCGAAGGGACUGAAAGCCACAAGCUCCGGGGGAAGCCAGACGCUCUUGGGACAAAAUCCCAGCUCCUCCCCUCGAGGGCUGUCACUUACCAGCCAGAGCAAGGCCACUCCGCUCGCCUCCUGCCUGCUGAUCGAGGUCCUUCUGGUGGCACCCACGCCCUUUCCCUCCCCACGUGCUCAACGGCAAAGGGCUCCCAGGUCCAACCUGCCUGGAGACCCCGGAUUCCACACCCGCCGGGGGUCAGCCCUCUCCCCCCUUCCGUGAGGAGUGAUCGAAACAGCGGCACAUCUGUGGUAGGGGAUUCAGACGAUUUAGAAUGAAAUACUAUUAAGAAUAUUAAAUGAAAAGAAAACUUACAAAUGCAAGAGGUAUUAACGAAAACCGCCACAGGGCUUCCCUUUUACACACAUAUUUUAUUCGGAAAGUGUACAAUAACAUGGAACAAUUUUUUUUAACGUUCUAAUCAGGGAUAGCAGCAGGGAUAUUGGACCCAAACUAUAUUCUUACUUUCUAAGUUAGACCCUCUGAACACAGCGCAGCAGGAAUUGGGGAGAGAGGCUGCGUUCACGGUGUCAUUAGCAGGACGGUUACCAAUUUCCUUACGGUGCUUCCUUCGGGCCUUCCUUCCUUCAGGCCUUCCUUCCUUCGGUCCUC